AAAGCAAAGUAAAUCGCCUGGAGAUCGUUACAGUAACCCGAUUCUGUGUGCUCCAUUGUCGCCUUCCGUUCGAAUUGAAACAUUCUAGAGAGUAUUUAAUACAGCUCAGAAAUGGUCAUUGUGGCUUCAUCACAGGAAAAAAAUAUAUAGCUAGGACAUUGGGUAAACCCCGUGAAUGCUUAAAAGUUGUUUCUUUGGGCAAGAAUCAACUGGACAGACGCUUAACGGAAGGAUAAGCUUUGGGGGGCGCGUUGAAAACUACAAAACAGAGCUUCUUGGGUACUUCUGGCUCCCCUAACAGGAAGUGGCUCUCGGAGGAAAGGGAAGAGAUCGCCACUCUGUUACUGUUUCCUUUAGGAAUAUCUCACGUUGCGGGGCGGCGCUUCCCCCCGCUACCCCCCUCCCACUCCAUAUCAAUCCAGCCUAGAAGACAUUAUUUCUGCGCGCUGUUUAAUCUUGCCAAAAUGAGAAAAUUUGAUCUGGGCAGCAGCAGGAGCCUCAUUCCCUUUUCUGAUACCCGUGCUCCAUCAGGAAAAUAAAAGCAGCUAGCCCACACUGCAAUCCUCUGCACUCUGUAGAGUGCCAAGACAAGCUGUUACUCUCCAUCAUAAGAAGAUAGGAGGGAGAAGUCAAAAAUACUUGCCAUGAUGAGGUGUUACCACAUCUGCAAACUUCCUGGAAGAGUGAUGGGAAUCCGAUUGCUCCGAUUCUCUUCCAUCAUCAUCCUUGUGUUACUGUUGGUGGCAGGUGCUUUGACUACGUUGCUUCCUAACAUAAAAGAUGAUAAAAUGCCCACUUCCCGCAGAGAAGCAAAACCCCAGAGCCAGUCUGCCCUGGAUUCCUUCACUCUCAUCAUGCAGACAUACAACAGAACGGAUCUGUUGCUGAGGCUGUUAAAUCAUUACCAGGCAGUACCUCAUCUGCACAAAGUGAUUGUUGUCUGGAACAACAUUGGGGAGAAGGUGCCAGAAGACUUGUGGAAUGCCCUCGGGCCUCAUCCUGUCCCUGUGAUUUUCAAAAUACAGACUGUGAACAGAAUGAGAAAUAGACUCCAGACUUUCCCGGAGCUGGAAACCAAAGCUGUUUUAAUGGUAGAUGACGACACGCUAAUUAGUGCUCAUGACCUCGUUUUUGCAUUCUCAGUUUGGCAGCAAUUUCCCGAUCAGAUUGUAGGAUUUGUCCCUAGAAAGCAUGUCCCCACUGCUUCAGGUGUUUACAGUUACGGUGGCUUUGAGCUGCAAAUACCAGAAUUUGGAAAUGGAGACCAGUAUUCCAUGGUGCUGAUUGGAGCAUCAUUCUUCAACCGCAAAUACCUCGAACACUUCCAGAAACAGCCAGCUACUGUCCACGCUUUGAUAGAUGAGACCCAGAAUUGUGAUGACAUCGCCAUGAAUUUUAUGGUCGCCAAACACAUUGGGAAGACUUCCGGGGUAUUUGUCAAGCCUGUGGAAAUGGGCAAUUUAGAAAAAGAGACCAGCAGUGGCUAUUCGGGCAUGUGGCACCGGGCAGAUCACUUCUUGCAGAGGUCUUAUUGUAUAAAUAAGCUUGUGAAGAUCUAUGAUAGCAUGCCCUUAAAAUACUCCAACAUUAUGAUUUCCCAGUUUGGUUUUCCAUACUAUGCCAACCACAAAAGCAAAAUGUAAAGUAAAUGAAUAAAUAAUAAUCCCUGAACUGCUUGGGUAUUUGGGUAGCUUCUCAGUGUUAAGUUUUUAUAGCAACAUUAUGGACUGUUGCCCCCCUCCAAAGUCAAAGGUGGUCACAAGGUUGGGAGAUCCCUCCUUCCUUCAGAAAUAGAGAUGUUGCUGGUGUUGUGGCCAGGGUAGGCCUCUUGUUAAGGGAUUUUAUCCAGGUGCAUAACUUCCUUGGUUUGUGACAUCACUGUUUAUAUUUUGAGACUGUUUUCCUUCUUUGACUCCUGGCAUUUGCCUUAAGGAUUAUAACCAGCUGUCUCCAGUGUUUGAAACUCAUGAGACAUUUCUCUCAGCUUUCUCAUUUAAGGCUGCUUACCUUCAUCUCAAGCCUCAAAUGCCAGUUGGGCUCAUGAAAAAGGACGAGUCCUGUAUUGUGGCUGGGAAAGCCAUGGAAGAACAAGUAAAUUAACCUCACAUUUCAUACAAAGGGAGAAAAUCUGAAGGCAGCUGCUGAGUCCUCUGCUGGCCAACCCAGCCUCUCUGUCUACACUUAAUUCUGCAAACCAGGUUGCAGCUACCCCUCCUUUUGUUUUCACUGCUGGGUCUCUCAUGACUUGGUGGUUGUCUUGUAGCUAAAGAAUGUCUGGUUGCUAACUUCAUUUUUCCAAACAUCUACUGCACGGAUCACAGAAAACACAGCCCAUGUUAACUUAUAUGCAGAUGAAAGUCUAAAGGCGUAUCGAGAUGCAGGUUGUGGAUUUCGUUGCUAAAUCUGACCUUAAGAAUGUACACUCAUUCACUUGUAUACUUUGCAUCAAGUUUACAUCAUCAUUUAAGAAAUGCAUACAAGCCAGUUCUGUUUUAGAAGAAUGUUACAACAGGGAUUUAAUGAGAUCAUGUAUGUAAAGCACUUUGUAAACUUUAAAGUGCUCUGUAAAUGUGAGUUGUUAUUAUGUUAUUAUUAUUAUUAGAGCCUGGCAGAGGUGCCCUUGUAGAAUUCUAAUAAAUGAGUUCAAACCCUAUCUCAUUGCA